AGUGGGGGUGGCUUUUUGUUUUCUUUUGGGAGAGAUGGGUUUUAUUUGGGCAUGUUGUUUUUUUUGUUGUUGUUUUUUUGUGUUUUUUUGUCAUUUAUUUAUACGGUAUUUAAAUUAAUGUAUUUUCAUUGUUUUUGUUUUAUUUAUUUAUUUUAUUGUUAUACUAUUUGUGACCUUCUAAAUGAAAGAAAUUUACGCGAAGAUUAAUGUGGCUCGUUUUCAGUUCUGAUCGGUAUUUAGUCCGAUCGGUUUGUCGAAAAGGGUCAUUUUGGUGGGAAUCGGUCUAUCGUAGAUUACUUUACUAGCAUUAAAAACAGAUCAGACUGAGUCUGAGAAGACCAUCAGUGAACAUGGAAGGGAAGGAACACAUGGCUCACAUGGAGCAGGUCUUCCUCAAGAUGUGCUCCAGUGAUCAGUCCGUGGUCAUAGGACCUGACCGCCACAACAAGAUCGUCGACGUCCUGCUGGGAUACAAGCUGCCCAGCCCGUCCUUCAAGUUCUGGCUGAAAAAGAACGACUUCCAGCUCAUCGACAUUCCCAGCAUGAACGAGACGAACAUCCUCGUCGCACCCGGAAAACAGACGAGUCACAGCGAGACCAGAUACGUCCGAGUUCUCCGACUCGAAGACAUAUACCCAGCGGUGUUGGAUAUCCACGUAAACGAACAGAAUCAUGCAGGUUGCAAGAAGUGUUUUGAUGCAGCCAGUAAGCUUUACUACAGGUUGCCGCGGUCCUAUAUAGAGGAGUUCGUAAGGACCUGUGCGACGUGUGCCCAGAGAAAGAGUAAGAAACAAGACGUGUGUGCUACAUACCAGAACAUGUUGACGGAGAAGCCAGUCCGUAAGGGUGUCCUCGAAAAGAUUAAAGUGAACACAAUAAACAUCAACUGCGUUUCAUCGGCUGGCUUCACCCACAUUGGAAUGGUUGAAGACCAGCAUUCAAAAUUUAUAGUGCUCUUUCCACUGAAGUCGAACACUCCAGCUGAUGUUGCUCGUGCCUUGAAUAAUUGUUAUCUUGGGAUCUUCGGUCCUCCACUGUCCUUUGUCAGCGACAACGGACAUGAGUUUAUGGACCAGGUACUGCAUGAGUUGCUGCAUUUGUGGAAUGGGAUUCCUUUGACACUGAUCAACGAUACAUCGCCGAAUAUCUCAGCACAAGAUGUUUCUGAUCGAGCCACUAUUAUCUUUGACACACUCAGUGCGCUGAUAUUGGAGAAGGGAGAUCAGAAAUGUGCCUGGCAUGAUUGGCUGCCAGACAUUGCCUUGCGAUUAAAUACAACACAGAACGAGUUCAAGAGAUCUCCGUACAACCUCGUGUUUGGGCAUAAUGCACAUGGUGGAGAGUACAACAGCAAUGUCAUCAUCAAGCAUAUAGAAGACAACGUCGCCAUCGGUGCAGAGCAGACCAAAAAUGAAGAACAAUAUAAUGACUCCAAUUCCCAUGCUGAUAAUGUCAUAGAAAAUGAAUGCAACAAUGUCUUUCUGGAGGAGACUGAACAAAAUAAUUCCAAAAAUUCAGAGUCUCUAUUAGCAAGUGUGGGUUUGGAAAGACGUACCUCACAGUGUAAAGAAGAAACAGAUGCAUCGAAGCCUCCAGGUCAAAGUUCAUCAAAGAAACUUGCAACAAGUCUGUUACCUGUUGUCCAGGGUGUUAAAAAGAAAAAGAAGAUGAAAAAGAAACCAAAACCAUUUACUCUUGCUGGUUGCAAUGACAAGGUGGUGGUCAAGGCAACAACAAGUGGCGUUAUGAAUGCUAUAAAGAGGUCGAAGUUAGGAAUAGUUGCAUCUGCAUCGCCCAAUGUCCAUAGAAAUAAGCCUAAAGUAGCCAUGGUAGAAUCCCUUGAUAGUUCACAGUCAAGUGAAGAAGAGUCAGAGUCGAGUGACAAAGAGUCAUCAUCAGAGGACGAGGAAGCAGAUGUCCUCAGCUUCUUGAGGAAAGGCAUGAAACAAAAGACAAAACUGGAGUUACUCAAGACAAUCAUGACAUCUCUUGCAGUUAAACAGAAGAACAAAAAGAAAAAGAAAGUCAAAUGUAAACGAUUAUCUUCAUCAUAGCAAAAUGAGAUCUUUACUGUUACUUUGCCUUGAGUCAAGGCCAAUGUGUGUACUAUUGGCCCACUACUUGUGAAUAUGUUGGAACUUGUCAGCUACUGGUUUGGUCAGGCACGGUGGAAGCAAGUAGACAAUGGGGGCAUAGGCUGACAGAUCAUGGGCGCAAAGCAAAGUUUCUAAGUGGUUUGGGAUAUGCUUCCCCAUAAAAUUUUGAAAAUUAGAUGUCCUUAAAAAGCAUUUCCUGCAUUGUACAAGUAAAAAUGUAUCUCUGCCUUAAGAUUUACUACCAAUAAUAUUUUUGAUUCAGAAUUAUUCAGCCCUCCCUGCUCCACCGUCCGUGUCUGAUGGUUAUGCCAGCAGUCUUGUGUGUAGUCAAACGACAAAAAGUCUUAUAAGCAUGGACUCACAUUGGCUUUGGUUUAACCUCCUAACAGACAUCCAUGGUGAACUGGUUAGAUGUAAUAUCAAUCAGAUUGUGUUUUAUGAAAGGAAAAUGAGAGAUGAAAAAAAGAAAAUGAGUGAUACAUCAGUGCUCAAAGUAGCAGCUUGAAAAAAACAGUCCACGUUUUAUUAUAAUCCAUAAUUAUAUAAUAUACAUAAUUCACUUGCUGAAACUACCACAAAAUCACAGGUUAUUUUUCAAAAGACAGAUGUAUGUACGAUUAUCUCAUCUGAUAUUUAGCUUGUCAAUUUAUUAUUUUUUGAUUGCAUAAUGCUAUAAAAUAUACCUCAAAGGACCUUAUAAUUCACACACUAUCUCAAACCGUCCCGUCAUUACAUGCUGUCUUUAUUUCCAGCAGGCUAUAAUUUUUCUUACAGGACUUGUUUCUUCUUCUUCCUUUUUUUUUUUUGGGGGGGGGGGGGGGGGGGGGGGACUGCUAUUUUAAAUAUAUAACAGCAGGCUAUAUUUUACUUAAAAUUUCGAGCCCUGUGCAUGUUCAUGCAGUGAUGUAUAUGUAUGUAUAUAUAAUAAGUACUAUUGGAUUACAACUGCCUAAUGAAG